GAUCUGCUAGCAAAGAGUUCCGGGGGCAGGGGUAAGGGGAGGGGGGUCUGCCGGGAGGACCAUGGGGGGAGCAGAGGGGUGUCGGGGAGGGGCCAGGGAGUCACCUCAGCUUAGUCCUUGUGCUUAGUCCCUGGCCCCACGGGGCCGGUCACGGCCUUGGCACCGAGUCCUUCCUGGCCCUGAACCCAUCCUGCCGGGCCUCUGUCCACCCCCGCCUCCUCCCGUCCCUGCUCUCCUCCGGCUUCAGGCCGCUUUUCUGCGUCCUUCUUGGAUUCUUCACAAGCCCCGUGCUGAGAUCUGGAAACAAAGAUGGUGGCCAUUCAUAUACUGGGAAAUGACUGAAUGAGUGAUAUACCGGAAGAUUAUUGAGCCAUGAGAAAAGAUGAAGGGCAGUGUCAGAGAAACCUGGGGAGAAUUAUCUGAGUUGAUAUAGAGAGAAGGGUGUGAACCAGGAAAAAUAGAUUAAUUAUACUUUAGCAACACCAGUCUGUGUCAUGAACACUCAUGAGUCCAGAACAGUGAUUACCCAAAUCUUUUGUAAUUGAAAAUUAUUUCAAGAAUAAAAAUAAAACCUGUUGGAUGACUAGUUUGCUCAGUGAAUAGAGAACUAGGUCUGGAGUUGGGAGGACCUAGGUUCAAAUCUGGCCUUGGAGGCUAUCUAGCUAUGUGACCCUAGACAAGGCACUAAACUGCAUUUGUCUAACUUGUGCUAUUCUUUUUUUUAGAAUUGAUAGUAAGACAAAAUGACAAAGGUUGAAAAAGAAAGUAUGUUAUGAACUAUCCCCUCCCAGACAUUUAUUUUGUUCUUCCUAAUAAUGUUCAAACUCUAUACGUCAAAUACUUAUGUGACUUAGUUAACAUAUUGUUACGGGUAAAAUUUAGGGUUGAGACUGAAGAUAUUUUUUAGUUGGUUACCAGGAAUUUAAAUUUUAAAUCCCAAUGAAAUACUCAAGUCAGAAUGGAAUUUUAUGGGGGGUUAUUUACAAUAGAAGGAAGAAAUUAAGAAUGAGAAAGAGAGAGGGAAAGAGGGAGGAUAGCUGCCCUGGCCUGGUCUGAACCCAGUGGAAGUUCAAAAGCCUCAGCCAAGGUACCUUCCCAGAUGAUUAAAUCUAGCUCAGCUUCCAGCCAUGAGGCCUCCUCAGAGGCUGGUGCCUCCAGAAAGCCGAGGAAAGGGGAGUCAUCACGUGAUCAUCUCAGGGAAGCAGCCUGAGGUCACAUGCUUGAGCUCCUCCAAGUCAAGUUCCACUGCCCAAGUCCCUCUCACAGGAAGUGAUGCAAAAUAUAGCAGUUCUUUAUGUCACUUCCUGUGUCUUACAUGUACCAAUGAUGGCUUAAACUUGGCAUUGGACAGCCCAGGGAUUCAGUCAUUUGUUUCUGAUUUUUCACUUCCUAGCACAUGUCAGUCAUAGACCUUCCUCCCCCACACAUAAUCCUUAAGUGGGGGCGUCUACAUUCCUGGUGGCUAAAAUUCUAAAGACUAAGCAGGGUGGCAUAAAUCUAAAAUUCACAAUUUUCCACAUUUCCCCUGGGAAAGUAUGAAAUACAGCAUUUUAUUCUACUCUAAAUUAUGAAAAUGUACUGUGUAGCUUUCCAUAAUAAUUAUUUUAACCCAAUAAGAACUCAAGCUACUAUUACAAAUAAGAUUUAAAUUCACAUUCAUUUUACACAUGUUGAAAACAAAUAGCAUUUUUAAUUGAGUAAAUCAUGAGUUGGAAACUAUUGACUAUAAUAGCUGAAAUGAAGCCCAAGUUGGACUUUUUUCUCUGAACAACAGUGUGUAACAUGUGAUGCCAAACCUAAUCCUCCAUUGGCUUCCACAUCCAGUUGAUUUUAGAGCCAGCAUUUCAGAGGGAGACUCUAUAGAGUUUCCCAUAACUAUGUCAGAAGGGAGAUCCAGUUAUUAGCUCCAUUUUACAAUUAAAGAAACAAGGGUAGUCAGGGGAAGUGACUUGGCCAGGGUCACAGGGCAAGUGUCUCAGGUGGGAUUCCAGAUAGCCAGGCCCAGGUUUCUAUCCACUGUGCUACCAGAAGGAGAGAGAAUCUCACUGGACAGAAGUUUGUGCUAUGCCAAUUGAAGCAGGAAGGUCCGUAGAAUCCCAGGCCAGCAGCCCCAAAGCCCCACUGCUUCCUGCAUUCUGUCAGCUCCGAGCCUUGGAGGCAGCCACAGCCCCGUUCUGGGAAGGGAGAAUGGACGGUGCUGCUCCCUCUCCAGAACUCACUCAAAGUGUUCCCUCACAGAGGAGUCGAGCGCCAAGCUGGGGAGACUUUUCCAAGUCCUCUUGUUGAUAGCCGGAAAUGUAUUCUUUAGUCAUCCAACAGCCUGAGGAGCUCCGAGCUGUCAGGGGGCUUCUUCAGUGGCCUGAUGCCAGGCAGUGUGGGAAAUGGUCAGUUCACUUGCAUGCGUGGCUUCUUCUGUAGAAAACAACCUUUGCAAGGCCUUUCCUGGCACACAGAACUUUCUUCCCAGCAGUGGCCCACGGGCUUCCCCCUCAGAGGAAAGUGUGCAGCCUAGAAGAGCAAGAGAAGCAGGUGAAGACAGAAGCGAGAUGAGGAAGUAGCCGGAGCCCUGCACUGAGAGGCGUGUGAGGGCUCUUCUGUACAGGAUGCAAAGACCAGGUUAGAAGUAAAUGAGCUGACCACAAAGCCGAGCCUUGUUGUGGAAGAAUCUGGCCACCAUAGUUUCAUGAGUGAUGUUUCCUGUGACUUCAGUUUGAGAGAAAUCGUGACUAAUCUCAAGGAAGAUAAAAUCCAGAGUGGUUAUGAAUUUGAUGAAACUGCAAAUGGAUUCAGACAACAGUGAGUCCUAAAUCAUCGUGAGAAAGAGACCUCAGGGAAUGACUAUACUCAGGAUAGUUAAUAGCAAGUGCUUUCCUGAACAGGUAGAACUUCUGUAGUCUUAUGGGAAACCUCCUGAAAUGCAGAAGUAUCAGCGUAAUAUAGGGGAAAGGGACUUCAGACCUCAUUAGGCAUCAAAAAAGUUAUCCUAGGGAAAUGAUUUCUGAAGAUAGUAAAGAUGGGAAGGCCUUACCUCAGAAUUCUAAGCUUGCUAGACAUCAGGGAAUCCACACUGGAGAGAAUCCUUACGAAUGUGAUCAGUGUGGAAAGGCUUUCAAAUUUCACUCUGUACUUCGGAAUCAUCAGAGAACCCAUGCUAGAAGGAAACCUUAUGAAUGUACGCAAUGUGGAAAGACUUUCAGAAGUAGAUCCAGUCUUGCUGUACAUCAAAGAAUCCACACUGGAGAAAGACCUUAUGAAUGUAAUCAGUGUGGAAAAACUUUCAGAGAUAGCUCCAAUCUUAAUAAUCAUCAGAAAAUCCAUACUGGAGAAAAACCGUAUGAAUGUCAUCAGUGUGGAAAGGCUUUCAGAAAUAGAUCCAAUCUUACUCAUCAUCAAAGAAUUCAUACUGGAGAGAAACCCUAUGAAUGUAGUUGGUGUGGAAAGACUUUUACGGAGGGGGGCCAUCUUGCAUCCCAUCAGAGAAUCCACACUGGAGAGAAACCUUAUGAAUGUGAUCAGUGUGGAAAGGCUUUCACAGUUUGCUCUGCUCUUAGGAAACAUCAGAGAAUCCACUCUGGAGAGAAACCUUAUGAAUGUAAACAGUGUGGAAAGGCUUUCACAGACAGGAGCCAUCUUGCUUGCCAUCAAAGAAUCCACACUGGAGAAAAACCUUAUGAAUGUCAUCAAUGUGGAAAGACAUUCAGAACUAGAUCCAAUCUUACUAUUCAUCGCAGGAUCCACACUGGACAAAAACCUUAUGAAUGUCAUCAAUGUGGAAAGACUUUUACAACUGGAUCUAGUCUUACUCAUCAUCAAAAAAUCCACUCUGGAGAGAAACCUUAUGAAUGCCAUCAAUGUGGAAAAGCUUUCAUAAAGAGCUCCACUCUGAGGAGACAUCAGGGAAUCCACAAUAGAAAAAAUCCUUAUAAAUGUAAACAGUGUGAAGAAAUUUCAAAAGGGAGGAAUAAUCUUUUUGACCAUCAGCAAAUCCAUACCACAGAGAAACAUUUUGAAUAUGAACACUGUGGAAAGGUCACACAAAUCUCCAUACUUAAUCAACCUAAAAGAUUCCAAAGUGGAGAGCAAGGCCUGCAAAGAGGAAGUCUCCCCACCUGGGGUAUUCUACUCUCUGAAGAUAACCAAAGUCUGGCCCAAGGAGAGACCCUGGAGCCAGAGGGAAUGGCCCUGGGGACCCCAAGACCCCCGUCUGAGGGGCCAAUAACAUUCCAGGAUGUGGCUGUGGACUUGACGCAGGAGGAGUGGCGCCUCUUGGACCAUUCUCAGAGAGGGCUGUACCUGGAGGUCAUGCUGGAGAACGCCCAGAACGUGCUCUCUGUGGUUGCUAGAGAAGAUUUGAUCUCCCAUUUCCAGCAAGAAGCAGCACCAUGGAUGGCAGAUCCAAAAGGUACAAGGAGCUUCUGUCCAGAUGCAGAGACCAGUUUUGAAAUGAAUGAGAUGUCUACAAAGCUGAACCUUUUUGUGGAAGGACCUCACCCCCAAAGAUGCAUGAAUGAGGGUCCCUGUAACUUAGUCUUCAGAGGAAUCUGUGACUUUGAUAUCAAGGUUAGAAAGAAUCCAAAUACUGACUGUGUAUUUGAUGAAACUACAAUGGAAUCCAGACAAUAUUCAGUCCUAAAUCAGUAUAAGAAAAUUACCUCAAGGAAUGACCCUUUUCAGGAUAAUGAAUAUAGCAAAUACUUUCCUGAAGAAGUAGAAGUUCUCCAGACCCAUGAGAAACCUCCUGAACUGCAUAUGCAUCAAGGCAAUCUAGAGGAAAUGGCUUUCAGCUGGAGUUCACACCUCCUUAGACAUCCCCAAAAUAAUAAUGGAGAGAUGCUUUCUAUGAGUAAGAAAGGUGGGAAGGUCUUCAGUCAGAACUCUGAGCUCGCUAGCAAUCAGAGAAUCCACACUGUAGAGAGACCUUAUGAAUGUAAACAAUGUGGAAAGGCUUUCACAGUGAAGGGCCAUCUUGCUGCACAUCAGAGAAUCCACACUGGAGAAAAACCUUUUCAAUGCAAUCAGUGUGGAAAGACUUUCACACAGAAGGGCAGUCUUACCAAACAUCAAAGACUCCACACUGGAGAGAAACGUUAUGAAUGUACACACUGUGGAAAGGCUUUCACAAGGAGGGACAGUCUUGUUUCCCAUCAGAGAAUCCACACUGGAGAGAAACCUUAUGAAUGUAAACACUGUGGAAUGACUUUUACACAGAGCUCCAGUCUUGCUGAACAUCAUAGAAUCCAUACUGGAGAGAGACCUUAUGAAUAUGAACACUGGCAGGACUUUCACACUGAGGUGCCAUCUUGCUCAACAUCAGAGCUUUCACACUGGAGAGAAACAUUGUGAAUGUAAACAAUGUGGAAAGGCUUUGGAUAGAACUCUGGUGCUGCUACACAUCAGAGAAUUUACAGUAGACAGAAACUAUGAAUGUAAACAGUGUGGAAAGGAUUUCAUAGGGACACAUCUGAGUAUCCACAGUGGAGGGGAAUCUUUCAAAUAGAUGAAAGGGGAAAUACUUUAAUAUACCACCACAUUUUCUAAAUGUGAGAAAUUCCUAACUGGAGAGAAACCUCUGGAGUCGUGAAUAAGGGUGAGAUUUUAGUUGCUAUUCUUAGCUUAUUUAGCAGAAGAGAAUCCACACUGGAGAGAAACUUUAGGCAUAUGUUUAAUGUGGAAAAACCUUCAGGCAACCAUCAUCUGUUAUUCUCAACCCAAUAAUUCUUAUUGGAUAGAAAUCUUAUCACUGUUGUGAAUGAGGAGAGGCAUUCAAGUGGAGGUCAGUUUGUUCAGUAUUGGAAAAUGCCUUCUGAGGACUUUCACAUGUGGACUCCCAUGUGGGAAGGCUUCAGCUACACUUCAUCUCUUACUUUUUAUUAAAAGCUUCCUAGAGCAGAGAAACUUAAUAAACAUUCUCAAGGG